UAUAUAUAGAUACAUAUAUAUGUAUAUGUAUAUGUUUGGCUGUGUGUGUGUGUGUGUUUGUGUGUAUGUAUGUGUGCCUAAGUGAAUUUAACACCAAUCUUAAAUGCAUACGGAUAUAUUAAUUGGGAAUCAAUUUGCAACAACUUCACCAAAUUAUUGGGUAAUGCAGUCCCCCGGUUUAGAUUAUCGGCAUGAGCUGAUGGGUCGUUUGCAUAAAAUUGAACCAGAUGUAGAACUCGAAGUUUUAACUACCUCCAACAGUGCACAUAAUCAUCAUCAUCACCAUCAUCAUCACCAUCAUCAUCAUCAGUUACAUCAGCAUUUACAACAGCAUUACCAUCAACACCUGCCUCAGCAUCAUCAGUCUCAACAUAAUCAAUAUCAUCAACAACAACAGCAGCAGCAGCAGCAGCAGCAGCAACAACAACAACAACAGCAUAAUGUGAAUACUACGUACCAGCAGCAACACCACCAAACCACGCCAUUUCAAACGCAUCAGCAACAAUUAACGACACAACUUAGCAAUAGUAGCAUAUCCAGCAAUAGCAGUAAUAGCAAUAGCAACUCAAGCCAUAGCAAUAACAACAAUAAUAACAAUCAUUUAAGCGAACAUCAUUGGCAACACGGCAGCACUAAUCAUGAUCAUACGCCAACUGCCAUAUAUAAUUUACAAGAAGCCCUACCGCAACAGCAAACGACAGCAACGGGAUCAUCAAGUGCAUCAACAACAACGGCCUCGCAUACCACAAAUAACACUGGCCUUGACAAUCCUGUUGCUGCUGCGGACGUUUCACCUUCACCCGCCACCGCUAACGAUAAUUUCUCGAAUGCUUAUGAUGCUACAAAUUCCUAUGAAGUGGCAGGUUCUUAUGCAGCCGUUACAGCAUCAGUCAGUGAUCCAACCACACCGAAUAGCGAUAAAGAAUAUUUGUUCGACACCAAAACUAAGGAGUCCCUUUGCCAUCAUCCCUACCACGAUAUGGAUGAUCCAUAUCAAAGACCCGCACUGUGGGAGGAUAUUGCCAGCUCAAUACAAAAUAUUGAUCCUGAAAAUGCUCUAAUGUUAGACUCGACAACACCACAUACGCAACAACAUUCAAAUAACUCGCAGCAUCAGCAACAAGAACAGCAAAAUGUUAUUGUGACCACUACGGCUACCAGCGGAAAUACACUGUUGCCACAAGUCAAAAUGGAAGCGAUUGAUGAUAGUUUGCUCGAAACAUUAUCAACACCGUUGCUCAGUCCUUUGGAAAUUAAAAAAGAAAUUAUAACAACAACUAGCAGCAGUAAUACAACACACCUUCACGCAAUGCAACAACAGCAACAACAUCAUUAUUAUCAGCAACCAUUAGUAUCAGCAGCGGCAGCAAGUAACCAAUUAAAUAUUUAUCAUCAUCAAAAUCAUCAUCAUCCAGCCCAUCAACAACAACAGCAUUUAUAUCAACAUCAUCCCAGUUUAGGUGAUGAACAUAUGUUUGUUUUGGGGCAGCAAACGCAGCAGCAGCAACAACAACAACAACAUAUUGCUGCCGCGUUGCAUAGCAAUAGCAAUAGCCCCAAUCAACCAAAUAGAUGCAAUAGCGCGGCCAGUAGUCAUAACAAUGAAACCAAUCUUAGCGCAAAUGCGGAUGGUGCGGAUUUUCUAAGUUUAAAUACGGCAAGUAAUGGGAGUGAUCAAUCAGGUUAUCAACAGGCACAACAACAACAACAACAACAACAACAGCCACAAUACAGUCAUAGCUAUUUAAACGAGAAUCUAAGUGGUUUAGCAACCACUCACCAUAGCAAUAACAAUGCAUCUCAGCUGACAGCGUUGACAGUAAGCGGAACAGGGCCACAUUUGACGACAGCUGCGAGCAUGAAAAAUAUAAACAAUAAUAAUAACAGUUAUAAUUAUCCAUGGCAUAGUAGUCAGCCUUACCAUAGCAAGUAUCAAAUACCUCCGCCUCCGCCACCAACGCAACAACAACAGCAAAUUCAAAACUCACAGCUCUGUCUACCUGCCUUAAUGCCAACAAAUGCAAACACAACUACUUCUAGUAAUACCGUGUCAGCAGUGGCGGUCGGAUCUCGUCAUAUGUUUGUACCCCCCCUAACGCCACCUAGUUCAGAUCCCGGAAGUCCUGGUAAUUCAAUGGCAGCAGCGGCAGCAGUCGCAGCCGCUAAUCAACAACAACAGCAACAACAACAGCAAAAACAUCAAGUUAGACGUGCAACACCACCUCCUCCAUAUCAACAGCAACAGCAACAACAACAACAGCAGCAACAGCAACAACAACAACAGCAGGGUCAUCCACUUUCUAGUAUUUGCCCGAACAUAAUCAAUUUACAUACGAAUGCCCCAGCAGUAACAGCAGCUGCGAUAUCAGCCGGUCAUCACCUCAGUCCAGUUAGCAAUCGAACAUUGACGACGCUUGGUCCGGUUACAGCAAACGUUAACGCAUUGGCAAUAUCAAAUGCAAAUAGUAACGCAACAGUAUCCUCCUCCUCAUCUUCCACUUCGCCAUCGUCCUCAACCAAUCCCCAUCAUCGCCUACCUCAGACUAGAGGUUGUUCCUCAACAUCAACACCUGCUGCUCAUUUAGCAAAUAUUGUAGUGCCGUCAGUGCGCACAGUACGUUAUAAUCGUCGCAAUAAUCCCGAACUUGAGAAACGACGUAUACAUCACUGUGAUUAUGUGGGUUGUACAAAAGUUUAUACCAAAAGUUCACAUUUGAAGGCACACCAAAGGAUCCAUACAGGUGAAAAACCGUAUACCUGUCAGUGGCCGGAGUGUGAAUGGCGUUUUGCUCGAUCCGAUGAAUUGACGCGUCAUUAUCGCAAACAUACCGGCGCGAAACCGUUUAAAUGCAUAGUAUGCGAGCGUAGUUUUGCUCGUAGUGAUCACUUGGCAUUGCAUAUGAAGCGACAUUUACCCAAAAAUAAAUGAUGAGUUAAUGAUAAUAAUUUGUGUCGAAUAAAAAAACAUAAAAGCAAAGAAAAGAAAACCUUAAGAAGAAGUAUAAAGUUUAUAAAAUAAGUUUAAAUCAUGUUCAUCUAUAGCAAAAGAAUCCAAAGGACUUUAGUUGUACUUAAUAUUUAAAAAAACAAAAAAAAAAAAGAAAAAAAAAAAUUAAGCCAUACAAGAAAAAAGAAAAAAUCUAUAAAUUAUCAGAGAACAAAACCGGAAGCGUAGAAAAUUUCCUAUAAGUUGUAAUUACAAAAACAAAAUAAAAUUUAAUAAAGCUAAACUUAAGUUAUAUCCAUUUAUUGUGACCAUAAAUAUAACAAUUGUUUGUUAAUUUAUAAAGACAUAAAAUUUUGUUGUUAUUUUUUAUUUAGUUUGCUACA